GGUCAAUGCAUUAUGUCUAGUUCAAAAGGACCCGUACUCCAUAAUCAGUGAAAUAUCAGUGUUUAUUCCACAAACUUGUGCAUCCAAUGUUUCUACCCACACUGGGGCCCUUAUCAGGGACAAAAUACAAGAGUGUGUUGUGAUCAUUUAAAUACAUAUAGCCCCUCCUAAUUCAGCAAUAAUGCCAAUCUAGACAUCAUACAAAUCCACAUUGCACUAAAUUAAUCAUUAAUUAAACAACCAUGUGAUAUAUUUUCUCACCAUGAGGUGUCCCUGUUGAGUGAGUGAAGUGAUUAUUCAUUAGUGAAAAAGUCCAUUCAAUAAAAAAAAAUUUCUUGUGCAACCUGUGAAAUUAAUUACAUACUCUGUUAACAGAAACGACAGAUACACAGUAUCAUAAUGUAUAAUGUAAAACUUAUAUAAACAAUUUAAUUAUUCAUUAUGUUGUCAUUUCAUGUCUACCUUUUCAUGUUUCAUGAUUUUACUACAAGAAGCAGCUUAAGACCAAUUGUCCGUUUAACCCAUUGGGUGCCACGCAGUCUAAUUCAUGAAUCCUUUGGAGUAGGGCCCUAUUGAAAUCACCACCUCAAGCUUUCACAGUGCUGUGUUAUACAUUGGAGUAUUAUAAUUGAAGUGGAGAGUGGACCACGAGACAUGGGCACCUGCAGUUAUCAAAACUAUAUGUUGGUGAGUGCUGACUGAAUGAUAACGUUGUUACUGACAGGGUCAUAUGUGCUUCUGAUUUUAAAUUUGCUGCGGAUAGGAUCCAUAGUGCCAAUGACCCCUCCUGCCCCCGCUCCCAGUAUGGCAGUUGACCCCCCACUUUAGGUACCCCUUUCUGCUCAAACUGCUUCUUUAGGCGCAAAUGUCUUGAAAACUUAUAAUUAUCUACAGUAUGUAGAAAAGGAGUGCCACUCACCGUUGGGACAAAUCCUAAGCCCCUUUGCAGUAGCGAUUCCUCUGCGGUCAUCAGCUGAUGAGAGGAGAGAUUAAAGAACAGGCUCUCUUAUUUGCCUUGUCCUGCAGCCCCUGCGUUUGUGUUUUUACCGGUGCACCUCCCUUUGCCGCGAUGGGUGGCCUUCCUGGAUCCCUACUGGUCUGUCCACAAUCUCCUAAAAAAGCCACAGGUUGCGCUGAUUCUGGCAUGCUGAUGUCUCUCUUACUGUCUGUAGUGCGGUUCGCUGGCCCUUCGAUCUCCUGCUGCUCCACUCUGGCUUCCUUCUUUCCAUUGCUCCUCCCUGCUGCCACUGGUAGAUCGAGCCCUCCUUUUAGUCCUGGCAAACUUUUAGAGCGAUCCUUCAGGCAGACCGGGAAACCGAUUGGUUGGCGCGUAUUGAGGGGCAAGCAGGCAGAUACUUUCACGGUUGGCACCCUCAAUUCAAAACCGAUGCUAAGCACCCUGUUCUCGGCUCUUGCUUCCGCCUUUAACAGCCGCCUUUGGCCAGGUCUUAUUAAGAGAAGUGCAAAGCAAAGGGUUCUGAAAAAGCAAAGGAGCACAACGGUAAAGCAGAAGUCUUUUGGGCAGAAGGUCGCAGUACAAGGUGAAGUCAGAUCAGGCCGGAUCGGGGCAGGUAGAGUGCAAGCAGAGUCAAACAGGCAAGGGCCAAACCAGGAGAUCAAUCAGACGGAAUACGGAAUAGAGGAGUCUGUUACCAGGCAGGGUCAAGAUUUCAGAAGUCAGGAUCGUCAGAAGCAGGCAGGGGUCACAACAGGUAGUCGAAUAACAGAAGCUAUAUCAGCACAGAAGCACCAGGAACUCGCAAGGAGAUUACCUAUAACGGGCAGUGAGAACUUGUAUAAUGACCCUUUAAAUAUUUUCAAACUUCACGCCAUUGCGCACUGGGGUCAACAUGCCAGCGCGCAUGCGCCAACAAAUACAGAAGAGACGUGCCGUGCAUGCCCUAGUUACCGGCGCAUACAGAGGAGGCAAGAUGGCGAGGAGGGCAUCCCCGCCACACCACUGGACCACCAGGGAGGUAGGUUGUUACAUUACCCCCCUCGAGUUGGGGCCACCGGACCCCCAGGUCUCUCAGGAAACUUAAGGUGGAAUUGUUUCCUGAGACAAUCAGCCCUAACAUCACAAACAGGAACCCAAGAAUUUUCCUAAAGGGCCAUAACCCUUCCAAUGUACUAAAUACUGUAAUUUACCCCGCACAAAUCGAGAGUCAAGGAGUUCUUGGAUUACGAAUUCAGGCUGACCUACCAACACUGGGGGAGGAAAAGACUGUUGGAGCGCCUGUGUGGCUGCUUUUAACAGAGUAACAUAAAUAGAAUUAGAGAUCUUAAAAUGAUCUGGUAGUUUGAGAUGAACAGAAGAAGGAUUGAUUAUUUCAGUAAUGGGAUAUGGACCAAUAAACCUGGGUCCCAAUUUGAGUGAGGGAACCUUAAGUUUGAUGUUCUUUGUGGAUAACCAAACUCUCCCACCUGAUAUUUGGGUGCCUCUCUAUGAGACUAGCCAUAGCUAGAGAGAGAGAGUCGUGCACCCCAGACCAGAUCUUGGCAAAUUGUUUGACAUAAGAAUUGACAGAGGAUAAUGAACCAGAUAAAGAAAAUGCUUUGGGAUGUAAACCAUUAAUAACAAAAAACGGAGAUUAACCAAUAGAAGCAUGAGUAGCAUUAUUGUAAGCAAAUUCUGCCCAUGGUAAUAGUUCAGCCUAUGAGGAUUGGUUGUCAGAUACAUAACACCUUAAGAAUUGU